GCCUGUUCGACAGCGACGCCGAGGCGGGGCUCCUGGGGGGCGUCGUCGACUUCGGCCCCGCCCACCUCGUGGGAGCCGUGGACGAGGGCGGCGUCUCGGGCUACCAGGUCUUCUUUGCGGACGCGUGCGGGGAGACGCUCGGGGGCGCGCUGGCGUCCGUCUUGCCCAGCUUCCUGGGCCCGCCAGGCUGCUGCCCUACCGACUACUACCGCGCAGAGAUCCCGGCGGCCACGCAGGUGCCAGACGGAGCGGAGCAGCUCCUCGUGGUGGCCACCAGGGCGGACGGCAGCGCUUCGGUCGGCCUG